ACUGUUGCUGUUGUUGAAUCUGGAAACAUUUGUAUAUUUGUCUCCAGCCAGAAGAUCUGCAUCGCUUAUCAUAGAUGAAAGCCGCAUCAGCCAACAUGGCUCAGGGGGAGCUCAGAGAGUCUGCCCUUACGAUCGAGAGCCUCACUGCGCAGCUAGUUGAUCUGCAGAAGGAGACUCAUGGUUGGCGUGAACGUAUAGCAGAGCUGGAGGCAGCAUUGGUAAAGGAAAAAAAUACGAGCCGCAAAAUGCUAGCAGACAAAGAACGUGAGGUGGCUGAGAUCCAAGCAAAGAUGCAGCAGCAACUUCAUGAGCAUGAGGAGUUGUUUGAUGUUAAACUUGCCCUGGACAUGGAGAUAAACAUCUAUCGUAAGCUUCUGGAAGGAGAAGAAGAAAGGCUAAAGCUGUCUCAAAGUCCUUCAUCUCAUGAAACCAUGUCUCGAGGCUCAUCCAGCAGUGGAAGUGUGUGCACCACUCAGGGAAAGCGGAAGCGUGUUGACAUAGGGGAACAAAACGCCAGCAGCUCAAUGUCAAAAGUGCACACUGCCUCAGCCACAGGACCCAUCUAUACUGACGAGAUUGACAGAGGUGGCAAAUUCAUCUGCCUUCAAAACAGUGGAACUGAGAGAGCGCCUCACACCGCCAAGACAGCCUGCUUAAUCAUGUGACUUGGCUGCACCAACCACUCCUCAUUACUAUCAUCUCUGAGCCCAUCCACUCUGCUGCCAACUGUAACACAAAAACUAUUUUUCUAUCUUUUGUAGUAAAUUUCAGCAAAAAUGCAUAACUGCGUGUUAAAACUGCAUUAAUGUUUUUCUGUAGGUAUUCAUGUGAACAACCAAAAAUCAAACAGAACUGUAUUUCUGAACUUUCUUUCUUGAAUCUGUAUUUAAAUCUUAACAUUUUCUCUUUUCGUGUCAUUUUAUUUUUGUUGACUUUUUUACAGUUACAGAAAAGCCACAAGUGGUUCAUUUUUUUCUGGUCUGGUAAGCUGUAAAGGUUCUAUAUCAUCCUGUUAAACUAAAACAGGGAAUCAAAGGAUCUUAGUUGCCCCGAACUACAUGAUUGUUGAUGAAUAUAUAUUGAUUGUUAAUAAGGAAGUAAGGGCAGUGUGUUGGAACUGUUACAACUCUUUUCGUAUAGAAUGAAAACUGACUUUAGUCACUUCUGUGUUAGUACUGGGUGGUAAAUGAUUGGAUCUAAGACACUAUGAACAUUCACUGAAAGCAAAAGCUUGCAUUUUUAAACAGUAUGACUCAUUUCUGUGAAUUAGUGUGUUGUGUAUACAAAUGCCACUGUAUACACAGAUGACUUAAUUGUGAUUGUAUGUAAGUUUUUGAUUAUGAAAAAGCAUCACUUUAACUGUUUUUUAAAAAUAUUUAAAGUACUUUCUGUGUGAUAUUUUGCAUGCUAUGGGUAUAUAUCUCAAUAAAUUUAUUCCCG